AUGCUCGAGCAGGCAGCUUUGAAUGAUCCGGCUAUUGCCGUACCGGGGUUCGAUGCAUCACGAGUUGCGUCCGACGGCCACAGCGCUCAGACUGCAGCCUGGCGCUCAGCAGGCUCCUCGGAUGAUGACGGCCGGACUGACUCACCGGUUGAUUACCCCGGAUUUCUAUCCCCAUCUCCAAAAAAAAUCUCUUCACCAAUCUUUCCUCACCACAGAUCUUUGCCCUCAUCUCAGUGCUCCUCUCGUCCCCCUCUUCACCGAAGAAGAAGCUCGUCGCGCAAAUGAAGACGGUGUACCAGUUCAAGAUUGAGAAUGGCGAGGGCCAGAAAGCCGUUUGGGUUGUGGAUAUGAAGGUUUGUUCGGUAUAGACCGAGUCCUAUGGAGCAUACUUGCGAGGAUGAGAUACUAAAAUGCUGAUGAAUGGUCCGUAAUUGGAUUCGCUUCAGAAACGAGGUCGUGUCCAGGUCGUGCCUCAAGGUGAAAAACCGAGCCCCAAGCCGGAUGUGACGAUCGAGAUGAACGAUCGUGAUUGCGUUGGAUUGGCCACCGGGACCGUGAGUUUGGAUUACCAACGGAUGUACUGUACAUAAGGCUUAGGAGCUUAUUAUUGUUUAAUUUCUGCUCACAGUACAACCCGCAGAAACUCUACGCUGCAAAGGUGGGCCAGAGUCAACUUUCUCCGGAGCUCAGUUAAAGACUCCGGGGACGUAAUGGUAUUCCGAUCGGAUUCAGACUAAGAAUCGAUGCUUCAUAUCACAGCGUGUCAAAGUCCGAGGCAACCUUGACCGCGCACUCUUGGUCGAAAAGUAAAUUUGCUCCAUCACUUCAGCCAUUUCUCGAGCGAGUCUUUGAGCUGAUCCUCCCCAACUAUUUGCUUCUCCAUGCCAGAAUCAUCACCCACGAACGACAAAAGAUUGAAAGCUACGCCGACCCACGCAAACGCUCCGGUGAUAUGGGACGAUGGGCCAGUGGUGCCGGCAAGGCCAAGCUUUGA